AUGGUCAGCUCCUGUUGUGGCUCUGUCUGCUCUGAGCAGGGCUGUGGCCAAGACUGCUGCCAGGAGAGCUGCUGCCAGCCCAGCUGCUGCCAGCCCACCUGCUGCAGGACCACCUGCUGCCGGCCCAGCUGCUGUGUGUCCAGCUGCUGCAGGCCCCAGUGCUGCCAGUCUGUGUGCUGCCAACCCAGCUGCAGCCGCCCCAGCUGCUGCCGCCCAACUUGCUGUGUGUCCAGCUGUUGCAGGCCCCAGUGCUGCAUCUCCAGCUGCUGCCGUCCCACCUGCUGCCAGCCCAGCUGCUGCAUCUCCAGCUGCUGCCAACCUUCCUGUGGCAGUUCCAGCUGCUGUGGCUCCAGCUGCUGCCGUCCCUGCUGCCGCCCCUGCUGCUGCCUGCGCCCAGUCUGUGGUCAAGUCUCCUGCCACACCACUUGCUACCGCCCAACCUGUGUCAUCUCUACCUGCCCCCGCCCCAUGUGCUGUGCCAUCCCUUGCUGCUGA